AUAAAGCUCGACCGGGCUGCACAGUGGUGAUCUCAUUGUCACCAUCAUCUCACUUGGCUGGCGGCAUCAUAUUGUCUCUUAGAGACGCAAACAGCUGAAUACCUUUGGGGAAGCCCAACCCCCAGCCAGACACCAUGGGGGAUGACAGCGAGUGGAUGAAGCUUCCCAUCGACCAGAAAUGUGAACAUAAGUUAUGGAAAGCCCGACUGAACGGUUAUGAAGAAGCUCUGAAGUUGUUCCAGAGGAUAGAGGAUGAGAAGAGUCCGGAGUGGGGGAAGUACCUGGGACUGAUAAAGAAGUUUGUGACCGACUCCAAUGCCGUGGCUCAGCUUAAAGGCCUGGAGGCCGCACUGGCCUUUGUCGAGAACGCACACGUGGCUGGAAAGACGACGGGGGAGGUGGUGUCAGGUGUUGUGACCAAAGUAUUCAAUCAGCCCAAGGCGCGAGCCAAGGAGCUGGGCAUGGACAUCUGCCUCAUGUACAUCGAGAUCGAGAAGGCGGAGGUGGUUCAGGACGAGCUGCUGAAAGGACUGGACAACAAGAACCCCAAGAUAGUGGUGGCGUGUAUCGAGACGCUCCGCAAGGCUCUGAGUGACUUUGGGUCCAAGACCGUGACGUUAAAGCCUGUUGUGAAAGUUUUAGCAAAACAGUUUGAGUCCAGAGAGAAAGCCGUGAGAGAUGAAGCCAAGCUGCUUGCUGUAGAAAUCUACAAGUGGAUCAGAGAUGCUCUGCGGCCUCCACUGCAGAGUAUCAACUCAGUACAGCUGAAAGAACUGGAGGAGGAGUGGGUGAAACUGCCUUCAUCUCCUCCCAAACAGACCAGGUUCCUGCGCUCCCAGCAGGACCUGAAGGCAAAGUUCGAGCAGCAACAAGCACAAGGCGGAGAGCAGUCUGAUGGAGAGGAUGAGGAGGAAACGGCAGUAGCUGUGGAUCCAUACGAGCUGCUGGAACCUGUAGAGAUUCUGUCCAAGAUGCCCAAAGACUUCUACGAGAAAAUUGAAGCUAAAAAGUGGCAGGAAAGAAAAGAAGCUCUGGAAGCUAUCGAGGCUCUGACCAAGAACCCCAAACUGGAGAAUGGCGACUACGGAGACCUGGUCAGGGCCCUGAAGAAGGUUGUGGGGAAAGAUGCCAACGUGAUGCUGGUGUCGAUGUCAGCAAAAUGCCUGGCUGGACUGGCCGCUGGCCUCAGGAAGAAGUUUGGAACAUAUGCAGGACAAGUGGUUCCAACUAUUCUGGAGAAGUUUAAGGAGAAGAAACCUCAGGUCGUCCAGUCCCUGCAGGAGGCGAUUGAUGCCAUCUUCCUCACUACGACUCUCCAGAACCUGUCUGAGGACGUCCUGGCUGUGAUGGACAAUAAGAACCCGUCCAUUAAGCAGCAGGCCUCUCUGUUUCUGGCUCGCUCCUUCAGACACUGCACACAGGCCACGCUGCCGAAGAGUGUCCUCAAACCUCUCUGCGCUGCGCUCAUCAAGCAAGUAAACGACUCGGCUCCGGAGGUCCGUGACGCCGCCUUCGAAGCUCUGGGGACGGCCAUGAAGGUGGUGGGGGAGAAAGCUGUGAACCCUUUCCUGACUGACCUGGAUAAACUCAAACUGGAUAAGAUUAAGGAGUGUGCAGAUAAAGUGGAGCUCCCUGGAGGGAGGAAGGGUGCAGGAGGAGGAGGAGCAGCGGUGGAAAAAAAACCUGCUGCUAAAGCUGCUCCUCCUUCUGAAGCUCCUUCCAAAUCCUCUGGUCCACCUAAGAAGAGCCAAACAGCUGCUGCCAGCAAGGUGUCGGCAGGUCCACCCAAAAAAGGCAAAGCAGCAUCUGCAGCAGGAGGAAAAACAAAGAAAACCUCUGACAGCAAAGACUUCACAGAGACUGAAUUGUCUGUCGAAGCCUGCGAGGACCUUGCAGCAGGUGUACUUCCUGCUUCCUGUCUGCAGCAGCUGGACUCGGCCAACUGGAAGGAGAGACUGGCCAGUAUGGAGGACUUCCAGAGGGCAGUGGAGACCAUGGACCGGGCGGUGAUGCCUUGCCAGGCUUUGGUCAAGAUGUUGGCCAAGAAACCGGGUUGGAAGGAGACAAACUUCCAGGUGAUGCAGAUGAAGCUGCACAUCGUGGCUCUUAUUGCUCAGAGAGGACAGUUCUCCAAGACGUCGGCCUUCGUGGUUUUAGAUGGCCUGGUGGACAAAGUCGGGGACGUCAAGUGUGGAGGGAACGCCAAAGAAGGACUGACGGCGAUUGGAGAGGCGUGCUCACUGCCGUGGACGGCAGAGCAGGUUGUGUCCAUGGCGUUUGCACAGAAGAACCCCAAAAACCAGGCGGAGGCACUCAACUGGUUGGCUAACGCUAUGAAGGAGUUUGGAUUUGCUGGUAUAAAUGUGAAAGCGUUCAUCAACAACGUGAAGACGGCUCUGGGCGCGACCAACCCCGCCGUGCGGACGGCGGCCAUCACUCUGCUGGGAGUCAUGUACCUCUACAUGGGAGCACCGCUGCGCAUGUUCUUCGAAGACGAGAAACCGGCUCUCCUCGUCCAGAUAGAUGCAGAGUUUGAGAAGAUGCAGGGUCAGUCUCCUCCAGCUCCCAUCAGAGCCACCAAGAAGACUGCGGCAGAUGAAGAAGAAGAUGAAGGUGAAGAGCACGAUGAAGAUGGAGGAGGAGCAGGAGGGAAGGACAUCAUGGACUUACUACCACGUACAGAUAUCAGCGACAAGAUCACAGCCGACCUGGUGUCUAAAAUCGGGGACAAGAACUGGAAGAUCAGGAAGGAGGGUCUGGACGAGGCGGCAGCCAUCAUCUCUGAGGCUAAAUUCAUCACGGCCAAUGUCGGAGAGCUGCCUCUGGCCCUGAAAGGACGGCUCAACGACUCCAACAAGAUCCUGGUGCAGCAGAGUCUGACGAUCCUGCAGCAGCUGGCUGCAGCUAUGGGACCUGGACUCAAGCAGCACGUUAAAGCUCUGGGAUUCCCUGUCAUCACCGUUCUGGGAGAUAGCAAGGCCAAUGUGAGGAUGGCUGCCAUGACGACGCUGCAGGCCUGGGUGGAGCAGACUGGGAUGAAGGACUGGCUGGAGGGAGAGGACCUCUCUGAGGAGCUGAAGAGGGAGAAUCCCUUCCUCCGACAGGAGGUGCUCGGCUGGUUGGCAGAGAAGCUGCCCACCCUGAGGACGGUCCCCGGGGAUCUGAUGCUGUGCAUCCCUCAGCUCUACGCCUGCCUGGAGGACAGAAAUGGAGACGUGAGGAAGAAGGCUCAGGACGCCCUGCCCACCUUCAUGAUGCAUCUGGGCUACGACAAGAUGAACAAGGCCACGGGAAAACUCAAGCCCUCCUCCAAGGAUCAGGUGGUAGCCAUGUUGGAAAAGGCCAGAGCAGUGAUGCCAGCUAAACCUGCAGCGCCGGCCAAGACGGGAGGGAAAGGAUCUGCAGAGGCAAGCAGAUCGGCUUCAGCCUCCAGGUCGGCAGCUGCAAGCGAGGACGUCGCGGACAGUAAACCUGAAGUCAAGAAGAUCCGAGGAGGAGGAGUAGCUGGCAAGAAGCCUUCCUCGUCUCCCGAGGAUCCUCCCCCUCCCAAGGACAAGGAAUGUAAUGGUAGUAAAAAGCCCCCCGGCAAAGCGAAGGCUGCUGCUGGCAGUCAACAGGGUCCUGCUGGGAAGAAACCUGCGGCUAAAGGCAUGAAGGAAGAUGAAGAUAAGUCUGGACCAAUCUUCAUCCUCAUCCCCAACGCCAAGGAGCAGAGAAUAAAAGAGGAGAAGCAGCUGAAGAUUCUGAAGUGGAACUUCAUCACUCCUCGGGAUGAAUAUGUGGAGCAGCUGAAAACUCAGAUGUCUACCUGCAUUGCCAAGUGGCUGCAGGAUGAACUGUUUCACUUCGACUUCCAGAGACACGUGAAGGCCAUCGGAGUGAUGAUAGAGAGGUUGGAGAGUGAGACCGAGGCCACCAUCAGCUGUCUGGACCUGAUCCUGAAGUGGUUUAGUCUUCGCUUCUUUGACACCAACACCACGGUUCUGAUGAAGGUUUUGGAGUACCUGAAGCUGCUGUUCACCAUGUUGAACAGGGAGAACUACCACCUGACUGAGUACGAGGCCACCUCCUUUGUCCCCUACCUCAUCCUGAAGGUCGGAGAGUCGAAGGAUGUGGUCCGCAAAGAUGUUCGGGCCAUUCUGGCCAUGCUGUGCAAGGUUUACCCCGCAUCCAAGGUCUUUCCUUUCCUCAUGGAAGGAACUAAGUCCAAGAACUCUAAGCAGAGAUCAGAGUGUCUGGAGGAGCUGGGCUGCCUGAUAGAUGGCUAUGGGAUGAACGUCUGUCAGCCGACUCCGGCCAAGUCUCUGAAGGAGAUCGCCGUCCACAUCGGUGACAGAGACACAUCCGUCCGCAACGCCGCCCUCAACACCGUAGUGGCCGUCUACAAUGCGUGUGGGGACCAGGUCUACAAGCUGAUAGGAAACCUGUCGGAGAAGGACCUGAGCAUGCUGGAGGAGAGGAUCAAACGCUCGGCCAAGAAGACACCUGCAGCUCCGGCCAAGCAGAGCACGACCGAGAAGCCUCAGAGGGAACACCCGACCCACCCCAACGCCACCUUCCUUCGCAAGCCGGCGCAGGAAGACCCCAACAAGCUCAAAAUAAUGUAUCGCACAUAUAGGAUUCAAGCCCGUCAGAAUGCACAUCACAGCGAGCCUUCCCACCCCUCCAUCCCCAAGGAGUUCCAGUUGGACCUGGACAUGAUCGAGAAGGACCAGAGCCAAGUGUGCGAGCUCCCGGACCUGGUCCAACACAAGCUGGACGAGCUGCUAGAGCCCAUCAUGAUCCCCAAGCCCAAGAUUCGCUCUGUUUCGCCGCACUUCGACGACCUUCACAACAGCACCGCCUCCACCAUCAACUUCGUCAUCUCGCAGGUGGCGAGUGGCGACAUCAACACUAGCAUCCAGGCGCUGGCUCAGAUUGACGAGGUUCUGCGACAGGAGGACAAAGCGGACGUGAUGUCGGGUCACAUUGACCAGCUGCUCAUCGCCACCAUCAUGCAGCUGAGGCUCAUCAACAGCACACACCUGGCGGACGACCGCAUGGACAAGAAGGACAUCAUCAAGCUGUACAGCUGCAUCAUGGGAAACAUGCUGUCUCUCUUCUCCAUGGAGGCUCUGGCCAGAGAGGCGUCCAUGGGCGUCCUGAAGGACCUGAUGCAUGGUCUGAUCACGCUGAUGCUGGACACCAGAAUGGAGGACGUGGAAGAUGGGACGCAGGUCAUCAGGUCUGUCAACCUGCUGGUGAUCCGAGUCCUGGAGAACUCGGACCAGACCAACAUCAUCAGUGCUCUGCUGGUCCUCCUUCAGGACACCUUGGUCUCGACGGCUGGAUCCCCCAAAGUCUCUGAGCUGGUCAUGAAGUGUCUGUGGAGGAUAAUCCGCUUCCUCCCAGAAACCAUCAACAACAUCAACCUGGAUCGGAUCUUACUAGACGUCCACAACUUCAUGAAGGUUUUCCCCAAAGAGAAACUCAAGCAGCUUAAGAGCGACGUCCCACACCGGACCCUCAAGACCCUGUUGCAUACCCUGUGCAAGCUGACCGGGGCCAAGAUCCUGGACCACCUCUCCAUGAUCGAGAACCGUAACGAGUCUGAAUUGGAGGCUCAUCUGAGGCGGGUGGUCAAACACUCCGGAAACCUGUCGGGAAUGAAGGGCGACCGAGGAAACGAGAAGAUGGGACUGCGCACGGACGAUCGCAUGUCGAAAGCAAAAGUCAGUGACAUUUUGUCGGAGAUCUUUAAGAAGAUCGGCUCCAAGGAGAACACUAAAGAGGGUCUGACAGAACUCUACGAGUACAAGCAGAAAUACUCGGACGCAGACCUGGAACCUUUCCUGAAAAACACCUCGCAGUUCUUCCAGAGCUACGUGGAGCGAGGCCUUCGCAUGAUCGAGUCCGAGAGAGAGGGCAAGACUCGCAUCCAGACCUCUGCAGUGAUCCCGCAGCAUGGCAGUGACUCUGGUCUGAGCGGCAGCAACGAGGAGCUGAAACCAGCUGUUUACUACGAAAGACUGAAGAUCCUCCGACAGAGACAAGGCCUGGAAAACACCUCCAGGCAGCAAGGUGUGGGGGGCAGCGAUGACGAGCCUCAGCAGCGACCCGCCAUCUCCUCCCUGCUGUCCUCCAAGCCGUCGGUGGCAUCGUCCACGGACAUGCUCCACAGCAAGCUGUCACAGCUCAAAGAGUCCAGAGAGCUGUACCAGCAGGAGCACAACUCCCCGACCCACGCCCGCUCCGCCUCCCCCGCCACCAACCUGGACGACCUGAAGAAGCGGCUGGAGCGGAUCAAGAGUAACCGGCAGUGAGAUGCAGCUUCCACCCUUUCUAACCCGCUCCUCGUCUUCAUGUUCAAAUUCUGCCGCAGACUAAAGACUCCACCCCCCACCCCACCCAGACUCCGCCCACCGUGCCUGUACGUAAGUUAGAAAUCAAAUGCUCGGAGAUUGUAGAUGGCUGCAGUCGCAUCCAGAGCUCUGACUCUGGAGGAAGAAGAUCAGGAGUUCCACCGCCAUUCUGCCCCCCCCCCCACACCGUUUCAUGUCGGUUUGUACAUAUUAACCUCCUCACUGUCACUGAGUGCGUCAUCACGGCGCCGCAGGAAGGAAAACAAACUUUUUACUGUGACGUCACGGCGGAGCCACAUCAGAGUUGUAGCUGUGAACACGUGGAGAGCAGCGCCCCCCUGUGGCCCACGCUGUAGGAAAGAUUUCCAGUUCCUGACACGAGACUCGAACAAUGAGGUUUUAAUUUCCUGUUGGAUCCACGUCCAGCCUCACGUGGACGUCGACAGACGAUUUAAAUCUCUUCCGACCAAAACCUGCUAAAUGUUCUGUUAUUUUCAUCGCUGAGCUGAGUUUCUGCUACUGUCACACAGCUGCGUCGCAGUCGGGCUGUAAAUACUGUACGUAAUGUCCUCAUUAACACGUCGCCAACAUGGCCGACGCUUUGUCGGCGGAGCCAACAUGGCCGACGCUGCGGCGCCGCCUCUGGCUGCUCAUCAUCGUGUCCGUAGGCUUUCUGAAGAGCAUGGCAUGAAGUCAGUGUAAAUAAAGUUUUGCUUUAAUAAACUGCUGUUUUUAUGACAUCGUCGUUUCUGUGAGGAAGACGACGAUGAUGAUGAUGGCGGCCUCGCCCCUCAUCUGUCCUGUACGUGAAUGUUGAGUGGAAAUAACCUUGUUUUUGUAUUUAAGCUGUCAGUGCUGCGUUUAGUCUGAUUUUUGCUCCAUGUAGAAUCCAUUGUGGAAAAUGGCAAUAAAGUCUUUAAUUUUUUUUUUUUUUUUUUUUUUUUAGACCGAGUUAAUUUUUUAUAAAACUGAUCGGUUUGUUCACACUGAAUAAUUUUAACCACUUUGUGUCAGUUGCCUCUAAAUGACUUUGUUUGCUAAAUAAGCAAAUAUAAAUAAAACUAUAAAUAUUGUUAAAAUCAAACAUUUCUUAAUCUCGUCUGCUGCCUUUAAAGUCUGAAGAUAUUUAUUAGCAAAAAUGACAAAUCUCCACGUUUGUUCAGGAUUUUUGUUUUGUUUUAAAAAUGCAGAUCACAACCUGGUUUAAUUUAAUAAACAUUUUUCUUUUUUAAAGCU